AUGCCAUCCCAAACAAUACACUGCGAAUUCACCAUCAAGGCGCCCCAAUUCGCCUACGCCCACCUAGAACUACACACCGACAGCACCAGAAGCACGUCGCCACCGGCGCUCGACGAGCUCCUCGUGCGGUCGUACUGCGACGCCGCGCUGCGGCAGUACCUGGGCCUCACGGGCGCCGGCAUCCCGCUCGACAUCCUCAAGGUCGAGGGGCAGCAGUGCUGGCUGCGCGUGCCGCGCGAGGACCUGGCGCGCUUCGCGGCGGCCCUGACGGCGUUUCGCGGGACCGUAGUCGCGGGCGACGAUGGCGAGAUGCCGUGCCUGCUGCGCAUCAAGGAGUGCUCCGACUGGCUGGGCACCAUGGUGGGCAGCGAGGCGCUGGAGAAGCUGUGGCAAGACUGA